AUGCAAGUCUUAAAAUAUCGCUGGAACCGAAUUUUUCUGACAUUUUUCCUCUUCUUUUUGCUCAUUUUUUCCUUCUCUUUUUUAUCAAAAAAAACGAAUAAAAAAGGACGAAUUGUGAGAACUGGUCCAUUGAGAAUUCGAACGAUUCAUAGUGAUCGAAAUAGAGAGAAUGCUGGGAAUGGAGACGCAGAGAAAAAUGGUAUGAAGGAUUUGUUGAAUGGAGAGAAAUGCAACAUUCCAAAAUUAGACAUCAAUGGAUCAGAAGUUAUUGAUUUUUUCCAUAAAACUGCUCCAUUGAAAUGUCAAAUUCCUGGAAAUUUUGAAAAAGAUUGGGUCGUUUUGGAUAAAAAUGGAAAAAUUCGAUUUUCGGAAAAACGAAAAUCAGCGAAUUGUCAAAUGCAAUAUUUUUGGAGAAUCACUGAUGAUGAGAAUGGAUAUGGGGAUACGGUAGAUAUUAAAGACGGCGACACAUUCGAUGGAGGUGAUUUCGCCAAGGUCACUUGUUAUCAAGGAUUUUCCAAAUGGACCACUCUACUUUGGACAGUUACUGAGAAUCAAAAAAGACAUGAGAGAGCCAGAAAAAUGAGAAAAGAAGAGGUGGAUCCAGAGAAAAAAGCGUAUAAUGUGUAUUUUUUGGGAUUCGACUCCUUGUCUCAAAUGUCAUUCCGUCGAAAACUUCCAAAAACUGUGGAUUUUCUGGAAAACACUCUGGGAAGUGUAGUUUUGAACGGUUAUAAUAUUGUUGGAGACGGCACACCACAAGCAUUUAUUCCAAUUUUAACAGCACAAACUGAAACUGAACUUCCUUUAACUAGAAAGCGAUUUGAGGAGUCGAAAUAUCUAGAUGAGGUUUAUCCGAUGAUUUGGAAGAACUUUUCGGAUGCAGGAUAUGUGACGAUGUUUGGAGAGGAUAUGCAUGAAUAUGCCACUUUCACCUACCGUCUCAAGGGAUUCCGUCACCAACCAACUGAUCAUUAUCCGAGAACAUUCUUUAAAGAUGUGGAGGAAAGAGGAGAUAGAACUUGUAUCAAUGGACAAGCUAUUCAUAAUAUCUGGUUCAAAAACUGUGAAAACUUCAUGCAAAUAUAUCAAGAUGUUCCUCGAUUCCUUCUGAUGCAUCAAGGUCUUCUAUCCCACGACGACAUCAAUUUGGUAGACGUAGAAGACGUGGAUCUAUCAGCCCAUUUGAAACAUAUGAAUGAAUUGAGAAUGUUUGAUGAUUCAAUUGUCAUUGUAAUGGCUGAUCAUGGUCAUCGAUUCGCGAAAUUACGAGAAACACAUCAGGGACAAUUGGAAGAACGAAUGCCCUUCUUUUCCAUUUCAUUGCCAAACGAAUUGAAAAAAACGGAGAAAGGCAAGAGGAUGGAGAGGAACUUGAGAGAAAACGCGGAGAAACUAACAAGUCCAUUCGAUAUUCACGCAAGUCUUCUGGAUAUUCUGAAUCUCUCCGCAACGUCUUCUGAUGAUUUCAACCAAAUGCAAGAUGCUUCUGAAAAACGAUCCCUCUCCGUUUUUCGACCGAUUCCAACUGAUCGAACGUGUUCUCAAGCUGGUAUUGAACCACAUUGGUGCACUUGUUUAUCCUGGAAAAAUGCUCUGGACACCGAGGAAGAUAAGAAAUUGAGUGAAAGUUUCAAUGUUUUUUCUCCAAAAUUUCACAUUGAUAUUGACAAGAAUAUAGCAACCGUAUUAUUUUCCAGAAUUGCCACUGCCGUUGUCUCCGAAUUCAACCGAGAGCUCUCCGUAGCCCGAGAACUUUGUGCUCCUUUAAGCCUAUCGAAAAUUCUGGAUUCCAAGAAAUUGCUUCCCGAAAAAGAUCUGCUCGCCUAUAAAAAUGUCAAAGAUCGUGAUGGAUUUGUGGCGGAUCUAUCCGGAGACACGACACCAGCUUUUGCCCAUUACCAGUUGAAAAUAGAAACUGUACCUGGAAAUGGGAUUUACGAGAUAACCCUGUUUUAUGAUAUGAUUCAAAAUGAGCUGAAAAUGGAUUUCGGGCAAUUAGUCAUGUGA